AUGGCAUUUAUCGAUCAGCGUGGAAAAAGUGAAUGGGGAAUACCGAGAGUGGAUUACCUGAGUCAUGAAGUGUCGAAAAAGGGACCCGGGGCGAAGCCGAAGAACUUAGAGACCCUCGCGACGCUGAAAUUUCCACGUACGCAGAAGGGUCUACAGUCAUUCUUGGGUAGUCUUAACUACUACCAUCGUUUCAUCCCGGACUUCGCGAUCUACGCGACCGCGCUCUAUUCCCUUACCGCCCGUGACUUUGAAGGACGGAUCUCGAAUCCUGAGACGCGCGAUCUGGAUAAGUGGACUCACGCGGAACGCGCGUUUGAUACGCUCCGUAGUAAGAUCGCGAUUACACCCGUGUUGAGACACUUCGACCCGGAUAAACAGCUGGUGGUAAUCGUGUACGCGAGUGACUGGGCCGUGUCGGCCGUACUUGCCCAAGCCCAUGACGGGGUAUACCUGCCCGUCAAGUUCACCAGUCGGACGUUUAUCAGUCGAGAGUGA